CAAACAGAUACAGACUCUCAGUGGAAAGCACUACCCUUUAGUGGAGACUUACGUUAGAGGAUUAAUAGUAAUGCAGAGCGCAGUAAUUCUUAGAGUGUCCCCUGGUCCAGCCCACACAGACAGAACUGGGCACAUCUGUCAAGAAACAGUGGAUAAACCAACGAGAAGGAGAAGAGCCUAUCUGAAAGAUCUGAAAAGCCGGUUGAAUUAUUUACUGCAGAAUUCCAACGCUCCAAGUGAUCCUGCAUCAAAACAGCACAAUAAGAAAAACAACACACCUCUUUCAAGGCCUUCCCCUUCUGAAGCAAGAUCAUGGUCAGAAUCAUUCGAUGCUCUUCUUACUAACAAAUAUGCUAGAACUGCUUUCAGAGCCUUCCUGAAGUCAGAGUUUUGUGAGGAGAACAUGGACUUCUGGCUAGCAUGUGAGGACUUCAAACAAACCAAGUCAUCAAGCAAGAUGCUAUCAAAAGCUAAGAAGAUUUACGAUGAAUUUGUAGGUCCAGAGGCACUUAGAGAGAUAAAUAUAGAUUCUAAUACAAGGGAAAUGAUCACAGACAGCCUGCAAGCACCCACCCCAUCUUGUUUUGAUGCAGCCCAGAAGCGAGUGUAUGGUCUGAUGAUGAAUAACACAUAUCCAAGAUUCAUCCAGUCUGAAUUCUACCAAAACCUUUGCAAGACAACUGAAGAAACCCAAGAGGAUGCUCAGUGGAACCGAUGACUUGUUACUAUCUCUGAAGGAGGUCACUUUGUGGAGAUAAUUUAUAUCUCCUGUACUGAGCUGUUGGCACUGCCUAUGAUGGUGCCCAGAAGGUUUGCCGAGGAUUCAGGUGACAUACUUUGCCACAAAUAAAGUGGUAUAUCUGUGCACCGUGUGCAGUAGCAGUGCAGUCAUAUCGCAGAGAGACUUUUGAGACUGUCAUCUUGAGGUGUAAAGUAGUACCGAAAUGGGUGAAGGGAAAUGCACAAGGCUACAUGCCAGUUUUGGGGUGAAGUAUAAAAGGUUUACUGUGAUAACAGUUGCAAGUGACAGGGUAUUUAAAGUACAUGAGAAGAAUGCAAAGCUGUAGCAAGCUUUUUUCAGCCAUAUUUUUUGUACUGUAAGCAGGAGUACAUUCCGCAGAAACAUCCUUAUUGUUAACCAAGUACAUAGCGUAGAUAAAACUAUGUUAAAGUACAAAGAACAUUCACAUAUCUUGUUAAAAGUUGUGGGUGAAUGGAUUAUUCUUUUAACAUAUAUAUUUUUUUAAAGUAAAAGGAUGCUACUUCUUAUGUCUUUAAGCCAUACAUUGUCUUUGUAACUAUGGGUUAAAUGCUAAGUGUCAACAUGUAAAUAAUCUGGACUAAUGAAAGAUCAUGACUGAGUCAGUUUUUUUCAAAUUAGUUCUGUGACAUUCUGCUUCAGAGCCCCCCAAUGUACUGAUGCUGUUAUAGUGAACAAAAGUUGAAAAGGUGUGGCACAGUUGUGGGUUGCAGAAUGCACACCAUACGGACAGCUGUACAAGGUACUGGUUGACAAACAGUGCUCAAAUGAUUUUUGUUUUAUUCCUGUUUAAUGUUACAAUUGCUGUGUAAUUGUUGUCAAGAGUUUAUUUUGGCAGCUAUAUUUUAAUGAAGGCAUUAUGGAAUUCCUAAAUAUUGUUUUAUAAAUUAAAUAAGUUAUUUUAAUACUAAAUAUUUUUAUAAUAAAACUUCUACCAAAUUA